UUGUGUCCCGGGAUGACCUGUUGAUGUCGGCUAAAGAUGGAGUACAGUAUCGCUGUCCCUCCGCUGUAGACCCCACUGGAAAACUAAAUAAAUACCACGCGUAAAUGUUCAAGUGGCUCCCCUAAAAUCCCAUUAUUUGGAGAUUGAAUUAAUAAUUUAUUUGCAUAAGCGACAUUUUGGAGAGAGGGGGGAACCCACAACGCGUGUCCCGACUCGGUGGCUGCCAUUCGUCCGGAGCAGGAGGAAGGGAACUCGGUCUAAAAACGGACACCACAUCGCGGAAAGAGGCGCUACAUAUUUUAUCCCCACGUCUAUUUUGGUGACCCUGGUAACUCGGACGAUGUGCGUGUUUUAAGAGGAGUUGACUACGGGGUUGGCACGCCAGAAAGAGGUUUCUUGUUGUCCCUUUUCCGCCGCCCCCCUCCUUCCCUCCCUCCCUCACCGGCCCGGGACUCCCAAAUCCUACCGGGCAUCGAGGCUGGCACGGCGGGGCACCGAGCACUGUCUGCCCGCUGUGACCGCCCUCUUUCCCCGCUGCUCUUUCCCUCUUUUCCCGAGGCGACUACCGGCGAGACAUCUCUAGUCUUUUCAUACCCUGUGGUGCUGGGCAGAGCGUUAUGGCUCAGACGCUACAGAUGGCGAUCCCAAACUUUGGCAACAACAUCCUGGAGUGUCUGAACGAGCAGCGGCUGCAGGGCCUCUACUGCGAUGUCUCCGUCGUCGUCAAGGGACACGCCUUCAAGGCCCACCGUGCGGUGCUGGCGGCUAGCAGCUCGUACUUCAGGGACCUGUUCAACGCGGGGGGGAAGAGCUCGGUGGUGGAGCUGCCCCCUGCUGUGCAGCCGCAGAGCUUCCAGCAGAUCCUGGCCUUCUGCUACACGGGACGCCUCAGCAUGAACGUGGGAGACCAGUUCCUGCUAAUGUACACCGCCGGAUUCCUGCAGAUACAACAGAUCAUGGAGAAAGGAACAGAGUUUUUCCUCAAGGUGUCCUCUCCGAGCUGUGACUCUCAGGGUCUCCACACCGAAGAGACCCCCACAUCAGAGCCCCAGAGCCCCGUCACUCAGACGAUGGGAGGAGGCGUUGCUCCUUCAGCUGUGAGACCCUCUUCCUGUCUCACUCCCCUCUCUCUGGUGUCCAAAGUGAAGACAGAACAGAUGGCCUCCACACCACAGCCACAGCAGCAGGAGGGCUCUCCCUACUCGGUGGUCUGCACCCCUGUUGCUAAGCGACUGUGGGAGGGGAGUAACCGUGACAGCGGCGGGGGCGGCGGCAUGAGGAAGAACGCUCGCUACUCAACAUCCUCCUCCUCGUCCUCCUCCUCCAACAACUUUACCCAGGAUGCAUCUGGGCGCGUACCUACAGCUAACGCCGCCAUGAUGGGUGGAAACGGUGUUGCCACUUCAAUGGGAGGAGCCGUUAUCAACAGUAACCACAACAACCAUAACAACAACAACAACAAUAACUUAAACGGCGGGACCCCCGAUGGAACAAGCCCUGGCACGCUGAGCGUGUACACCAGCGACUCGCCAAUUAGUUACCAUGAAGACGAGGAAGAGGACGACGUGGUGGACGAGUGCGCCGAAGAACAGUACCGACAAAUCUGCAACAUGUACACCAUGUACAGCAUGUUGAACGCUGGGGCAGCAGUGGUUGGUGAGCGGGUGGAGGCUCUCCCAGACUUACCCCCUGACUCCGGUAACGGGCGGGGGGGCAGAGGUGCUCGGGCCCGGCAGGAUCUGGCCUCGCUCCCCGCAGAACUCAUCAGUCAGAUCGGGAACCGCUGCCACCCCAAGAUGUACGAGGAGGGCGACCCGGCGGAGAAGCUGGAGCUGGUGAGCGGCACCUCGGUGUUCAUCUCCCGCGCUCAGCUGAUGAACUGCCACGUGAGCGCAGGGACGAGACACAAAGUGCUGCUGAGACGCCUGCUGGCCGCCUUCUUCGACAGGAGCACUCUGGCUAACAGCUGUGGAACCGGCAUCCGCUCUUCAACCAACGACCCCAGCCGGAAACCUCUGGACAACAGAGUGCUGCACGCUGUCAAAUUCUACUGCCAGAACUUCGCUCCGAGCUUCAAGGAGAGCGAGAUGAACGCCAUCGCGGCCGACAUGUGCACCAACGCCCGGCGCGUGGUGCGAAAGAGCUGGAUCCCCAAACUGAAGCUGCUGAUGGCCGACAGCGACGCCUACUCCGCCUUCCUGGCCGACAGCGUGAAGAUGGAGGCCGACGCGCUGGGGGCGGAGCCUGGCUUUGACCCCGCCUCCUUAGAAGCAGUCGCUGCAGCGGCGGCGGCUGCAGCCAAUCACAUUGGAGCAGGAGGCGGAGCUACGCAAGCGGACAGCCUUCAGGUGGGAGGAGGGGACGGGAGCACUUUGUUUUGAGUGACAGAUGGAGGACAGACUGACGACGACGACGAGUGGGAAAUGGCGGUUGUUACGGUCGCCAUUUUAGUUUUUUUUAGGGGAGAUUUAAUUCUUCUUCUUCUUCUUCUCCACCUCUCCCGCUUCUGCUUUCCCCUUCUUUGUGUGUGUGUGUCUCUCUAAACGGCCCAGAAUGCAUCACUUUGGGUUGUCCCUCCUUCCUUGAGAGAUGGAAAGACUUAGAGAAAGGUAGCAGAGAGAAGAGGUAAACCCCCCCUUUACCUUUUCUCCCCUCUGCCACCUUUCCAGAUUGUUAUUACCCCUUUAUUUUUUUAUGUUUUUAAAAGUGUGUACCGUCACUGAGGCCCUUUUUCUUACCAUAAUCAGACAUUCCCUGGGGAGGGCGGGUCGGGGAAGUCCAGUUCCUUCCCUAAACUCCGGUAACACUGUUGUUUUUUGAUAUUGAAUGUAUGCGUGGAGAAGAAUCCGGACCGCAGCGUGGAGUCAGUGGAAGUUAAGUGAGUACAGAGGGGGGGUUUUUAUAUCUGUUUUUUCUUUAUUUUGUCACUAAAGAGCACGGGAUUGAUGAGGUCAGAGGGUGAAAUUAAUAUUGAUUUGUAUAUUGGCACAGUUUAUGAUCUUCCUGACCUCCGCACUACCCCAUAUAACCUUUUUAACCCACGCCGGGCAAUUGAGUUACCAGCUAAAAGAGCGUGGUUGCAGAAAGGAAAACUGAUAUUAGCUCGACUCACUUUUUUAAACCCUAAAACGUUAAAAAAGACCAUUAGCAGUUUACAUUUGUGAUGUUUAAAUUCUUGUUUUAUAUAUGUGUGGGUGUUUUUGCCAAGCCUCCUGAAGGAGAGGACACUUGUUACCGAUGAUUGUCAAAGAGUUUUGCGCGUGAUAAAUGCACUGUGUUACUUCCUGUGGUACGAGUACAAUCGACGCUUUUGUACGUAUCGGAAAGAGAAGAAGGGGCGGGGCUUAUUUAAGAAAAGGCAACGAAACAUUUGAAAAAAAUACGAGCUGAAAUCCAAUUGAUAUCUUUUUCAAUCGCCCUUUUUUUGUUUUGAUUUUAAAAGUCUGAAGGAAAGUCAAGGAAUAUCCAUAAGCGAGUUUCUGCCUUGGAGCUUAGGAACAACUUGUGUGUGUGUGUGUGAGAGAGAUGAUGGAGCAUUGUUCUUAGCUCGUAUUUGAACUGUUUCCCGUUGAAUAAUAGCAGAAGUACUUUCCUCGGGCUCUGCUGCCGGGAUGCGUGCUCGCCUGGCAUGGACAAAGGUGCUAAUUCAGGCAUUGCUACAUUGCUAGGAAUACAGCUCUGAAUGUGUGUGAGAGAGAGUGUGAGAGUGUGUGUGUGUGUGUGUGUGUGAGUGUGAGAGUGUGUGUGUGUGAGCCAUGCAGCUUUGUGUGUGUGUGUGCUGCAGCAGAACACAGAGAGAGAGAGGAGGCCAGACGGUGUGUUUUCACACACGCUUGGUCGAUUCAUUCAACCAUCACUGCGGUGAGCACACACACACACACACACACACACACACACACACACACACACACACACACACACACACACACACUCGCUAAUACGCAUUUGGGCGCUGUCAGCCGCAACAGUACACCAGAGCAUCAUGGGAAUUAAAGGGGAAUUACACUAAAUGAUGUCGGUCACAUGUGGCACCUUAAAUGUUUUGAAUGGAUCUGAUCGACGGUUCAUUUCCCCGGCUUUUAGUGAGAUAUUAUAAAGAGAGAUCUGCUGAAUAAAGCUAAUCACAGACACACGUCGGCAUAGAAACAACCCUGGACGUCUUAUUCUCCUUUCAUACUUUGUGUGAAGCGUUCAGAAAACAAGAAUACAGACGGAGAUCUUUAGAAACACUGACCUCCACAACGGAUCUACACACACGGAGAGAUGUUCUUGUUCAGUCGAAUACAGAAGCUCCAGGUGAACUCAUUUUGACUUUAGUGCCACUGAUUGCUCCUCAAUACAUUGGAAAACUCAAAUCCUCAUUACUGUAUACUUCAGUUAGACCACACAGUCUUUCAUCAUAAGAUCAAUCCCACAGAUCCCACAUUAAAAUCAAUGAAUAAUGGUAUGGAAUUUAGCACGACAGGUUGAUUAUGUACGACAGCCAUUUUAGUUUAAAGGGGACCUAUCAUGCAAAAUGCACUUUUGCAUGAUAGGUCCCCUUUAAAGGAACCACAUUCAACUUGAUCUGACUCCUUUGGGAGGUUCUUCAUAUAUUGUUCCUUUUGUAUGGAAAUAUUAAGUGGCAUUAACUUUCUAAAUGUGUUGCAUUGUCUCCGUUUGAGUGCAAAAAUAAUCCGAUUCGAAACCCUGGGAAAGUCUUGAAAGAUAUUUGGGAAUAUUGAUUUGUUUACACGUCAUGGAGCCUUAUUUCUGGAGUACAACAAGUAGACCCCCUGUGUUAUUGUAGAAGAGCAGAUUGACACACACACUAUCCAAAGUGUCUGGAGGUCAAACCAGGUGUGUUUGCUCAGCAGUCAAAGUUCCUUAGUUUAAGAAAAGGGAACGCGUUGAGUUUUCAUUUGAAAGUGAAUCCCGCUGUAACAUCCACAUAUCUAAUUCUAUAUAAUGUCAUAUCUGCCAGGACUGGCUACGAAAUUCCCCCAUAUCGUAUCGAAAAACCUUUUAUAUGCGUGAUAAUCUUGAUUUACACUUUAAAGAAACAUAUUAUAGCUUUAUCUUGUUAAGUAGACACUGAUAAUCCUAUUUUUUAUGCAUAUUUGGCCUGUUUUUGGUGGGGGGGUUAUUACCCUUCAUUAAAUGAGAAUAAGCACCUUAUUGUCAGCGAGGCACCUGACACACACACAUACACACACACACAUACAUACACACACACACACACACACACACACACACACACACACACACACAGCUGUAGCUAAACGAAGCAGAAACGGCGCUACCCAAAAUCUGAAACACCCGACGAAGAACCAAAAACAAACUGAACCUUUUGAAGGGGUCGUCUCACCUUUCUUGACCUGAACCCGUUUUGUAGUCCAGUGUUCUAAAAUCUGCUUUCUACAUCCUGGCCUUUUAAGGAAUGAUGUUUACUGUUCGUUUUUUUAUAUAUAUAUUUACGUGUAUAUCAAGUUUUUUUUUAUAUAUUUCUUUAUAACGAGGCUAUCGGUCAAAGACACGUUGGUCCUGAGACGAGAAAAGAGGCAACCCCACCCUCUUUUCUGUAGCACAUGGUACGACCCGUGGAGACUUUACCAAGUUUAUAACUGAGGACAGAGGAAGCAUGAGGGAGGAAGGACCGAAUAAAAGGAUUGGGGGGAGGGGGGAGGAAGAGGGGGGAGAUAGAGGAGACUGUUUGCACAUGUUUUGUUUAAAAAAUAAUCUUUUUAUUCCUUUGUUUGAAACCGCCGCCUUAAAUGAGAAAUUCCAAGAUAAAGAGGGAAGAGUCAGUCUCCCUAAAGGGGGGUUUGGGGUGAAUGCAUGCAUGCGUACGUGUGUGUCUGUGUGCUCGUUUGAGUGUGUGUGUGUGGUGGGUUUGGGGAGCUGUUUGUAAAGGCUUUGUGUGUGUGCAUCUGUGAGCAAACAUAAUGUGUGUGUGUGUGGUGUGUGUGUGUGUGUGAGCAAACAUGUGUGGGUGUGUUUUUAUUGUGUGUGUGUGUGUGUGCAUAUUAAUGUAUGCAGCUUUUUUUCCCUCGCCUUUCGCUUCCCUCCAUCUCCAUUUAUGGCAUGUCAAUGUCUGCCUCCUCACUUGAAAGAGCUUUUGACAGUGGUACAGUGAGUGUGUGCAAGUGUGUGUGUGAGAGAGUGUGUGUGAGAGUGUAUAAUGCGCAUGCCUUUGCCAGGCUGGGUCUGCGUCUGGAUCUAUGUGCUGCAUACGUGUGUCUGGCUUCAUGCUGAGACUGCGCAUGUCUGUCACAGUGUGUGGGUGCUCAGCUCUGCAAGGUCUCUGUGAGUGUGUGUGUGUGUGUGUGAGUGUGUGUGAGUGUGUGUGUGUGUGUGUGUGUAUAUGUAUGUGAGAGUGGGUGGUAUGUGCGGAGAGGUUGAAACGAGUGGCUGUUUGUUUUUGUCUGCUUCACUGAGCGCCAUGCCUUUUUUCUCCCCACACACACACACACACACACACACACACACACACACACACACACACACACACACACACACACACACACACACACACACACACACACACACACCACAUCUGCAGAGUCACAUGUCCUCAGCAGUCCUCACUGUGCCGGAUCAAAGGUGCAGAUGGAUUUGGUGGCUGCACCUCUUCUGUUUUUUCGACCCUUUUUCACAUAAGAAACCGUUUAAAUGCUAAACCGCUCUCACAGAUCACUUCCGUACACUUUAUUGUUUAUGAUUGCUUCCUGCUAACACACCCUGUCCUCCUGCACGGGACAGCUGUCACUAACACACCCUGUCCUCCUGCACGGGACAGCUGUCACCAGGACACUUUUUUUUUACCCUUCAUUUCUUGAAUUAAAUGAAAUGUCCUUUUAUGCCCUCAGCCUGUCUUUCCUUUGUUUACAUCUUUCUCUCUCUCUAUGUAUACAUUCUUGCCUCCCUCCCCUUACUGUUUCCCUUUCUAUUUCUCUCUCUCACACACACACACACACACACACACUCACACACUAAGGAGCUGAAAAGUGUCUGUCCCUUGUUGCUUCAUUACGUAAACCAUUUUCUAUCCACCGCUGCUUCAAUUGAAUCGACUCCAUUUUCUUCAUAGAAUGUAAAUCCCUGCCAAACUCUCUCCUGUAUAUCUGAAUCCCCCUGUGUGUGUGUGUGUGUGUGUGUGUGUGUGUGUGUCCAUAUGUGUGUGUGUGAGCAUUUGCAGUCUACAACAACAGAUUGCCAAAUAUGAAGCUGGAUUUGUGGGAACACAAGUUAUCGCAUGCAAAUAUGCAGAUGAGCGGCACAUCUGACCAGGCACAUUAAUGUGUGUUUGAGAGUGUGUGUGUUUGUGUGUGUGUGUUUGUUUGUUUAAGUGUGUGUGUGUGUGUGCUGCCCGCCCCCUCUCAUGGGACACUGUGUGAUUUUUGUGUUUACUGCACCUUGUUAAUAAUCAGACGAUUAAUGAGGAAAGUAUUUUGCUGCCCUGGACGAAUCAAAACGUCAAUAUCAGACCUUAGGAAAAAAACGAGGCGAAUAUUGAGCAGACUGUUAAACUGAGUGGGCUUUAAAUAAUAAUUGUAAUCAUCCCCGACUUGAGCAGUGAGAGAAGGAGGAGGAGGAGGAGGAGGUGGAGGUGGUGCUUCAUUCUUCCUGAGGAGGAGAUGUUUGUUAAGAAUCUCCCAGGACAGAUGAGGCAUUGCGGCAGUCUGCCGUCACAUGAGCGAAGCCACGAUCCAGACAAAGAGUGAGAGGCUAAUGACGGAGAGGAGGAAGAGGCGGGGGGGAGGAUGAGGAGGAGGAGGAGGAGGAAGGAGAGGGAGGGGGUGAUCGUCUCUCUCUGGCCCUGUGCCACCAAGAUAAAUACCUGGGUGCUCGUUCAUUUAUGCAGCACGGCAUUUUGCAGAGGGGUGGGGUCCGUAUUAGAGUUACCUGAAUCCCUCAAAAAACGACCCCGGAACGAUAAACGGGGAACAAAGACGUCUCAAACUUGGAAGAAUAAGGAGUUUUGAAGUAGAAAUUGCACUAAAUGUCUGUAAAAGAGUGGAAAGACAGUCCCAGAAACACAUUUGGCUGAACGUUGUACCCCACUGUCUGUUUUUAAGCACUGCGAUAUGAUAAUAAUGUGAAGACAUUGUGAGGAGGGGGUUUGGCCUAGUUGGAAGUCAGUUUGUCCGGCUGUUAGUGUGUGUGUGUGUGUUUUAAUGUUGAACCCCAGGAAAAACAAUGGGUUUUUAUAUUGGCAGAAGCCCUUUAUUAAGGCGUAGUGUGCGUCUGCAGCAUGUGUCGUAUUACAGUGGUUCCCAACCUUUGGUGCACCUAAACAGGAACCAGCUCCAUUGUACGAGCACAUCCUUGGAUGGUCCCAUUUCCCCGCACGGUGACUCGGAUCUGCUCCAAAAUGUCAUGGGAUCUUUCUCGGCCAAUGCUUCACGAUCCCUCCAAGUUUCAUGACAAUCGUGCCAGAAGUUCUCCAGUAAUCCUGAUGAAGGAGAACCAAAAUGAACCAAAAACAUACCCUUGUGUAAUGUAAACCGGAGCUUAGAGGAUUUGUUGAUCGUCUGAACAGGAAUUGGAUUUUGAUGAUUGAUCCAAAUGUAAAUAUUUAGCUCAGCUCCGGUGAUAACUAAUUGAAUGUAAGACACUGUUUUGGACAUAAUAUAUAUGGAGAAAGUCUUAAAUAUAAGACAGCGAGUCGUCAGCAAACGGGAUCAUCGUUAUUUCCACACCUAGUUAGAGAUAUCCAGAUUUUCACAGGAAGUAUAAUCGCGCGUAUAAUCUGGAUGACGAUCCCAUGUGUCUCGCAGGCAGGGAACCACUGUAGUAAUCGCGUUAGACCCCAGUGUUGAUUUUUUACGCGCUGAAAUCUUCUAAGACAGGCAGGACAUCAGGAUAGAAGUUGAAGGUUUUGUCACAAAGAUUGUAGAAGUUGUGUUUUCUGAGGGUGAAUGCAGAUCUCUCGCUGUGUGUCGGUGAACUGGUUCUUUAAGAGACAAUUCAAUGAGCACAGCAAAAGGGAUAUUUUCUUUAAUAUCGUGUUUUAUUUCCUCGGAUUUAGAGGAAAAGUCAAGAGUCGAUAGCUAGUUGUUACGAAGAGGAGAAAGCUUCAUAAAGAAGUCCUGAGUCCUGCAAAGAGGAAAGACUGAAACUAAAUCCAGUAGUAGGAAUAUGAUUUUUGUGGCAUAUCGUCACUCUUUAGGACAGAUGUGUCUGAGCACAGUUUCACGACUAAAGGUUGAAGCGAUACGAGUUCGGCCGCGUUUCUAGAAGAGCUUUGUACACAUUUCAAAAGUUUUCUUAUCGUUUUUACAAUUUCAUUUUCUGUUGCUGUUAUGUUUUCUUACAUUUUGAGCUAGUCGUGUAAUCUAGUCCUUUUUUUUCUUUUUUAAAGGUUAUUUUUGAGACGGAUGCUACUACUAAUAAUAAUUCAACAUUAACACCCGUAGAGUUGCCAAGUUGUGUUUUAAAAAAAGAAAAAGACAAAAAGAGAAGGAGACAUGGUUAGCUGUAAAAUAGUUUAGAGAAAGAGAACCACAUAUUUUUGCAUUGUUGUGUGAGAGAUGCUGCGGACGGGACGGGACGGGGGGGUUUAAUGCUGGACCAGAUGUUUGGUUUUCACUGUACUGAAGCUGGAUCAGGAAGUAAAGAAACACGGACGGACGGAUGGACGGUCGAUGCGACAAAACGCUGUCGGGCUCACAUCAUUUUAAGACUCCAAGUCUGAAUGUCUGCUUGAAAAAAAAUCAUGGAUCAAAUCCUACUCUCCAACGUCUUGUGACGAUAAACAUUUCUUUCCAUUAGAAAUCGACCCAAAGUAAGAUUACUUGACCUGGUUCUCGGACCAGCUUUUUUCCACUAGCUACUGCUGCUUGAAUGUGUUCUAUGUUUAGACGUCCCCUGGUGGCUGAAAGCAGCUACUGCAGCUCAUAGGAGGGGGGCUCUUUACCUGCAGUACCCGUGCUCACCACCAGGGGGCGCCACAGUGAUCCUACACAAGCUAAGAUUGUACCGAAAAAGUCUCGAUCACUGUAUCCAUCGGAGCACCUUAACAGCCGGCCGCCGGAGGCUUCUGCUGCUCAUUUUUUUUACAAAAAACACGACGCAAAACCCGACAAAAAUGUCCGACAAGAUGCCAAAUAAUUCCCAAAAACAAAAUUGAGCACCGCAGAUGUUUUUCGACUCGUCCAUCCGUGUCCAGUUCUCACUCCUGAUUGCAGUGCCGAUCCACAGAGAGGAACCAAAAGUGACAAAGAGAGAGUGGAAUAAUCUUUAAAAUAAAAAAGCACCUUGGGGCGAGCGCCAAAGCCCUCCGCACCUUUCAGAGCUCGAUGAUGUCACUUCCUGUCUGUGGGUCGGAUGCUGGUGGACUGUUAUUGUGGGGGGGAGGGUGGGAAUCGAGAUGUAAUGUGAGGGUUCUUUUUGUAAGUUCCUUAUUUUUGUUGUUUUGAUCUUUUUGUACUAUUAUUCCCUUUUUUAUUUUGUAUGUUUUCUCUUAUCUCUCUUUACGACAUUUGUUGUUUACUGUAAAAAAUGAUGAUGAUGAUGAUGUGCCCAAAUCGACCUGUCUUCCUCCAGGUGGGAUCAUGGACUGUGCAAACUCCCCUGCACUGGGGGUGGGGAGUUAAAGGGGGGAAGGGGGAGAGUUUAGUAGGGUGAGGGGUUGGAGUUCAGAUUCAAACAGGGUUCCUACAUGAAAUUAAUUUGGAUAAUUAAAAAAAAAAAAAAUGUAAUCUCAUAAAAAUGUGUACGAAAAGUUUAAGAGAGUGGUGCAGGAAUGAGUCCAAAACCCGGAAAUGAGUCGGCAUUUAACCACUGCCGUCUUGAGAAGAUUUGAAUGUGUUUUUGGUUGUUAAAAACAGAGGUUGCUAACAAGUGUCUAAAUGAGCCGACAAAGUCUUCACGCCCAACAUUAGCCGCCUUUAGCUUAGCGGUGGUGACGUGAAGUCAUGUGACCGUGCUGUAGUUCCUUUCAUAGUUGGAGAUUAUCCUGCUGAACAAAACGUGUAAGUAUCAUAAACGUUUGGUUGACACAAAAAGCCAAUGGAAACAUCCCAUUAGCAUUAGAACCAGGAACAUGCUAACUUGUAGCUCAUCACUGCGCCACUCUCAUUACUUUCCAAACAAGCACAAGUGUUUCAGUUUGACGAUGAGUCGCUGUCUCUUUAGAAACGGCUUCGGGCUGAUAAUCAGACGCUCAUGUCAAAAUCAUUGAAGGAAGCAAAGAUGGAAACGACUUGAUGUCUUUUCAACUCUGUCGAAAGUAAUUGCACUGACUGUCAUAUGUACUGCAUGGAGAAGUGUGUGAUCUUGUUGACGGUCGUAUUUCCCUUUUUUAAAACAAAUGUUUGAAUCCAAUCAUAAGAGAAAUCCACCCUCAAUCACUGGUUUCAGAAAUCACAUAUUGUGACUCUCUCGGGCUAACGCUACUUUAGCAAAGAGAGAUUAAUACAAGCAUUCAUUUGGCAACGUAUCAAAUUCCAAUAUCCACUCUCCUUUGGGCUCAGUUUGUACCCACUCCUGAGGGACAUUUCUGUCUUAUUAGCUGCUAAACACACGCUUUUGGAAACCGAGGGUGGGUUUCUCUCAUGUAGGAACGCUGCUGAAAACCUGGAGGAAUGUCUCGACUUGUGUUGCGCAAAAACUGGCUAAACUUGAGUACGGAGGAGCGAGGGAAGUGGAUCAAAUCGAGACGGAGAUCCUGAAUCCACAUUGUUUAUCUCUUCAUCCCUUCCUCUCCGCUCAGCCUUCCUCUGCGCUGCAGCGUGACCUCAUCACCCCUCGACCUUCCCCCCCCAUCUCUCUCUUCCUGCAGGACUGUAGUCUUCUAUCCAGAAACAUUUACUCUCCCAAAAUCCCCACACACCAGAGACAACACACUCACAGAUAAAUAAAUAAAUAUAUAUAUAUAUAUACUGUAUAUGUAUAAAUGGAUACAAAACGGGCAAACCUCUGAGAUACAGAAGCUCACACACACACACCUCGAAGUGUGUGUUUCAGUGUGUCUUUGUGUCACUGAUGCAGUUUUACCAGUUUACCUCGGGAGCUCGCAGCCAUAGCAGACCUUAAAGGCCACAGAUCUCUGAGCAGCUUUUACUCCGUUACAAAGCAGGUACACACUCUUUUUGUUUUUCAGGAACUCAACCAGGAGCCUCAGCAGAGCUCCGGGAACAUCGAAUGCAUCCAGAACAGGGUUUUUACAGAAUAACAGGACACAAAGCGAGAAUCAACAGAUUUACCUCAGAGUUAUACUACAGAAUGGGGGGGAGGGGCUUACAUAUGAACCAUAUAGCAGCCGUGAAUGACUAUUUUUUAUUCCUUGUCUCUGGUGUCGUCGGGUGAGAUUUACUCAGCAGAACUCUUCUGUUUUUUUUCUCACUAUAAAUAUAUAAAUAUAUAGACUGUACAUUAUGACAUAGAAGCACUAUCGAAGUUUGAUUGUUAGAUGUGCACUCGCAGCAUGAGGUAUUAUUCUUUAUUAUAACCCAGAAAAAAUAAAUAAAAACAAAAGCAGAUUUUUUGGACAAAAAGAGGAUUUAAAAAACCAAUGCAGUAGCUCGACGGACGUCAGAGAAAAUACCCGACCCUACACUGACAGACACACAGACCCCGCCCCCUGCCGUGUUAGCCCCGCCCCCAUCCAACCAACCAAUCACCCCCCCCUCAGCCCCGUGUACAUGCCAGUGUUUCCCCAUGUGUUCCAAGUGCCAAUAACUUUGUGAAUUCCUAACUGUGACCCAGUAAUAAAGAUUUAAUUGCACAUUAACUACUGUAAAGAGAAACGAAACCAGACUGAUUAAAAAUGAGGAAAAAUCUGAAUAUCUUAAUAAAAUGUUUUUAACAAACAGGACUGACCUUA